AUGGGGUUCCAAAAUUUGGUUUUGAUGGCUUUCAUAGUGGCUUUGUUUGUUGCUCAACAUGGGAAUUGCAGGGUUGGACAUCACCAUCAUCAUCAUCAUCGUCACCACCACCACUCAGCAGGGAAAAGAGUUCACGAUGGUGGUAAUGGCUUCGUUCAGCGAAGUGGCACCCGUUUUAUUCUGAAUGGGAAGCCACACUACUUGAAUGGUUUUAAUGCAUAUUGGUUAAUGUAUAUGGCAUCCGAUCCAUCUACAAUGCCAAAGAUCACUUCUACUUUCCAACAAGCUUCCCAGCAUGGUUUAAACGUAGCAAGAACAUGGGCAUUCAGCGACGGAGGUUAUAGAGCCCUUCAGAUUUCUCCUGGUUCUUAUGACGAGAAUGUCUUUAGGGGACUAGAUUUUGUGAUAUCAGAAGCAGGAAAAUAUGGAGUGCGACUGAUACUGAGCUUGGUGAAUAACUGGAAUGAUUAUGGAGGCAAAAAUAGAUAUGUUCAAUGGGCAAGAGAACACGGCCAGAAUGUGAACAAUGAUGAUGACUUCUUUACACACCCCGUUGUUAAGCAAUAUUACAAAGACCAUAUUAAGGCUAUACUAACAAGAAAUAACACCAUAACCGGGCUGGCAUAUAAGGACGACCAAGCCAUUUUCGCAUGGGAGCUUAUGAAUGAACCUCGUUCCCAAAGUGACUACUCAGGAAAAUCAAUUCAGGAUUGGGUGGGUGAGAUGGCGGCCUAUGUCAAAUCCAUCGAUAGCAAUCAUUUGCUGGAAGUAGGGCUUGAAGGGUUUUACGGUGAAUCAAUGCCAGAAAAGAAGCAGUUUAAUCCUGGAUACCAAGUUGGAACGGAUUUCAUUUCCAACAACCAAGUUCCUGAAAUUGAUUUUGCUACCAUUCAUCUUUACCCAGACCAAUGGUUACAAGGCUCAGACGAGGCAGCCCAAGAUGCAUUUGUUGACAGAUGGGUCCAAGCUCAUGUCCUUGACUCAAAUGAUGUUUUAGGAAAGCCCAUUCUUUUAAGCGAGUUUGGAAAGUCUUCGAGGUCGUCUGGAUAUACUGUAGAUGAAAGGGAUCGUUACUUUGACAAACUAUACAAUGCUAUAUACAGUAGUGCUAGCAGUGGGGGCGCAUGUGCAGGUGGGCUUUUCUGGCAGCUCAUGACUCAAGGAAUGGAUGGCCUUAAAGAUGGCUAUGAAGUCAUCUUCGAUGAGAGUCCUUCAACUGCCAAUGUCAUCACUCAACAAUCUAUCAAGAUAUCUAAUCUCAAAUAG